GGGGGAUUUUAGAGAGAGCAAAGACAAGGACCGCAGACAUUGCGGUAGCAUGUUUCGAAUAUAUUUUUUGGGGAAGUUUUCGGAUUUAAUAAUCUUGUAGACUUUAAUUGAAUAUAGACGGUUCAUGAGUAGCCUUGGCAUUUUCUAUUUCAAGCUUAGAUAAUCGCGAAGUUUGUGUUAAACUGUUAAAAGGUCUUCAUUCAUUGAAACGUAAAGUGACUUACCAUGGCAGCCAUUUUGGGAUAGCCUGGGUGUUGUCAAAAUAUUAAGUUCUUGGUGUUUCCUUUGAUUUUGCAAUUACACGAAGUCUCUCGCAGUAAAGUUAGUUAAUUUAGUGCUAGUGUUUUAUUUAAAAGCAGCCCAAAAUGGCUACGGAUCGUGAGCGUGAGAUGGCUGCAGAAGACAGUAUAAAAGUGGUCUGCAGGUUCAGGCCAUUAAACGACUCAGAAGAAAAAGCUGGCUCUAAAUUUGUCGUCAAGUUUCCCUCUGGACCAGAUGAAAACUGCAUAUCAAUUGGAGGAAAAGUGUACCUUUUUGACAAGGUCUUCAAACCUAAUGCCACUCAAGAGAAGGUGUAUACAGAAGCAGCAAAAUCAAUCGUCACAGAUGUACUUUGUGGCUACAAUGGCACUAUAUUUGCUUAUGGUCAAACAUCUUCUGGUAAAACCCAUACGAUGGAGGGAGUGAUAGGGGAUGCUGGAAAGCAGGGCAUAAUUCCUCGAAUUGUGAAUGACAUUUUUAACCAUAUCUAUGGUAUGGAAGAAAAUCUCGAGUUCCAUAUUAAGGUUUCAUAUUUUGAAAUCUACAUGGAUAAAAUCAGAGAUUUAUUAGAUGUAUCCAAGGUUAAUCUUAGUGUCCAUGAAGACAAGAACAGAGUUCCAUUUGUCAAAGGUGCAACUGAGCGAUUUGUAUCCAGCCCUGAGGAAGUUUUUGAAGUUAUAGAGGAAGGAAAAUCUAACCGGCACAUUGCUGUUACCAACAUGAAUGAACACAGUUCUAGAAGUCACAGUGUAUUCCUUAUCAAUGUCAAACAAGAAAAUUUGGAAAAUGAGAAGAAACUUUCAGGAAAAUUAUAUUUAGUUGAUUUGGCUGGUAGUGAAAAGGUCAGCAAAACUGGAGCAGAAGGAACAGUUCUUGAUGAAGCCAAGAACAUCAAUAAAUCUCUCUCUGCCUUGGGAAACGUAAUUUCAGCUUUAGCUGAUGGCAACAAAACUCAUAUCCCAUAUCGAGAUUCUAAGCUUACACGUAUCCUGCAAGAAUCAUUGGGAGGAAAUGCACGAACCACUAUAAUCAUCUGUUGUUCUCCCGCGUCCUUCAAUGAAUCUGAAACCAAAUCAACACUGGAUUUCGGAAAGCGUGCAAAGACCAUUAAGAAUGUGGUGACAGUUAAUGAAGAACUUACAGCUGAAGAAUGGAAGAGGCGCUAUGAGAAGGAGAAGGAGCGAACAGGACGACUGAAGGGAAAAGUGGAGAAACUUGAGUUGGAGCUUAGCAGGUGGCGAUCUGGGGAAACUGUUAACCCUGAUGAGCAGGUGAAUCUUCAAGAGCCUAUAGAAGCAGUGACUCCCAUUGCAGCUGCCCCUGAGCCUAAGAAAGAUGUCCUUCUUGGUCCUAUACCUGCCACCCCUGGGGGUGGUAUAAUGAUUGGUUCUCUGUCCAAUGAGGAACGUCAAAAGUUGGAAGAAGAAAGAGAAAGGCUUUACCAGCAGCUUGAUGAGAAAGAUGAGGAAAUAAACCAGCAUUCUCAAUUUGUCGAGAAGCUGAAGGAGCAGAUGAUGGAACAAGAGGAACUGAUUGCUAGCACACGCAAAGAUUAUGAACUGCUGCAGCAUGAAAUGAAUCGUAUCCAACAAGAAAAUGAAUCUGCCAAAGAGGAAGUCAAAGAAGUCCUCCAAGCUUUGGAAGAGCUUGCUGUUAACUAUGAUCAAAAGAGCCAAGAAGUGGAAACCAAAAAUAAAGAGUACGAAAGCCUAACUGAAGAACUAAUGCAAAAGCAAUCUUCCCUAAACACAACAUCCUCUGAGCUCCAGCAACUUAAAGACAUGUCCACACAUCAACGCCGCCGCAUUACUGAAAUGCUAACAAACUUGUUGAAAGACUUAACAGAAAUUGGAGUUUCUAUUGGAAGUGAAGGAGAUCUUAAAAUGAAUCCUGAUAGCAAUAAUAAACUGGAAGAGGAGUUUACUGUUGCACGCUUAUACAUCUCAAAGAUGAAAUCUGAAGUGAAAAAUCUGGUCACACGCUGUCAAAAUCUGGAGUCCACUCAGACAGACAGCAAUAAAAAGGUGACUGAGUAUGAGAAGGAUUUGGCAGAGUGUAGACUUCAUAUAUCACAACUAGAUGCCAGAAUUAAGACUCUUCAAGAAACCAUGCGAGAAGCUGAGAAUAAGAAACGCACUUUGGAAGAAGAAGUUGACAUGCUGAGGGAAGAUAAUGCCAAGAUGAAGGCUGCUGAACAAGUUCAAGCUGUAUCUAAUAAGGACAAAGCAGAAGAACAAAUUGAAGUAAACAAAGCUCGCUUAGCAUUAGAAGAGCAAAUGGAUCACCUUCGGGAUGCUCAUCAAAAGCAGGUUGGAUCUCUUCGUGAUGAAGUAAUGGAGAAACAAACACUUAUCACAGAGCUGAAGGAUGAAAAUCAAAGAUAUUCACUUGCUCAUGAGCAACUUAAGCAAGAAUAUGAGAAGCUCAAGAAAGAGGAAGAGGAAAAGAGCCAGAAAUUGCAAGAACUAAUACUUUCUAAUGAACGUAGAGAAGAGGCUCGCAAAGAUCUCAAAGGACUCGAGGACACAGUAGCGAAAGAACUCCAGACAUUGCACAAUUUACGCAAGCUAUUUGUGCAAGAUUUGCAAGCCCGCAUUAAAAAGUCUGCAAAUACGGAUGAAAAUGAAGAUGAUGGAGGAUCUCUAGCUCAGAAGCAGAAAAUCAGCUUCCUUGAAAACAAUCUUGACCAACUCACUAAAGUCCACAAGCAGCUUGUUCGUGACAAUGCUGACUUGCGUUGUGAGUUGCCAAAACUUGAGAAGCGUCUUCGUACCACAAUGGAGCGAGUGAAGGCCUUGGAGACUGCCUUAAAAGAAGCGAAGGAAGGUGCUAUGCGGGACCGAAAACGUUAUCAGAGUGAAGUGGACCGAAUUAAGGAAGCUGUGCGCCAGAAGAAUCUUGCAAGGAGAGGAAAUAGUGCUCAGAUAGCCAAACCUAUUCGUGCGGGUCAGCAUCAUAUGACUGGAGCUCCUGGUAGCAUCAGACCACAAGCACACAUGGUGACUAGCCGAAUUCUGCCAGAUGACGGUGCUCCUAAGAAGAAAACUGUGUUGUCUGGAGGUGCAACUCGAGAGAUGGAAAGCUGAGGAUAAGCUUAGGAUUCAUCCUAUUAUUCCACUUCAAAUAUUGCAACAUUAUGCUGUAUUCAUCACACAUGCAUUCACAUGUCAUUAUCAAUGUGAAUCCAAGUGUGCAGUUCUUGCUGAAAGCAGCAUUUUUGUGCACUGUGAUCUCUCGCCGCCAAAAUGCUGCUUGGCGUGGCCAAUUAAUAACAAGUGUUAAUUAUUUGGUUUCUUUGACAUAAACUGGCAUGUCAACUUUAAUUUUCUUCUAAAUUAAUUCAAGCCCAAAUGUUGUGUCAUUUCAGGCUUGAGGGUCUAUGUUGCUCUUUGCUGACUUUGUUGCUUUGCUUUGUCAGUUGCAAUUAUUUUGUAGAGUGCCUACUUCUGAAAUGCUGUUAUUUUAAAUGCUUUGAACUUCUUGUCGAGCACUGUAGGUUGAGGGAGAAGGGGUUUAUUUGUCACGAAUGUUGAAGGAUCAAACAUUGUGUAGUGACUAACGAUCCGACAUUUUGAUACCAGAAUGGCACUCUGUGAAAGUUUACCUUUUGUCUAAUCCAAAGAAAAGUAACCAUUAUGUCUUGUGAUAACAUUUUUGUGAAGUAAUUAUGAGUGCUCCUCCCAUGCUGCUCACUGUCAGCAAUUCAAGGCUAUCCCUAGACAAUGAAUUUAGCUCUGAUCCCUUUUGUAAUACAUUUUGUAUCUUAUUUCAAAAACAACAAAAAAAGCUCUGCUUUUGGCAUGAUGAUGUGCUAAGCAAUGUAGGGGAUGGUUUUUUUACAUGCUUUUAAUUUAAGGUUUCUCUUUGGUUUCAAAGAAAGCACACUUCCCCAGUAAAUAUGAUAUUUUUAAUUAUAUUGUGCACAAUGAAAGCUGUAUAAUAUGUGUAUAAAGCAGUACUCCUUUUUUAUAGUCGUACACUGGCUGUUCGCCAGCAGUGUUCUGACUUUUGAUCAAUUAUCUGCAAAAGCCAAAAAUUAUCAGGUUUGUUUUUAAUGAAUGUUUCAUGUUUCUAUGAAUAAAGUAAUUUAUUGCAAAUUUUUCAAAACAAUAAUUUAAAACUGCUUUCUUUCUUUUAAAGGAUUCCAUAUUACUAAACUGCAUGGCAUUUAAUUGUUUAAUUAUCUAACAAUCCAGUUUUGAUCAAGUGGACCAUAUACUUGCAUUGAUACUUCCUUGUUGAAGUAACAUGAAUACACUUUUGUAAAUACCUGAUGAUUCCAUGGUUUUACCUCCUUUUGAAGUGCUGAACAUUCUGUUAAUUAACUUUUCUUCCAAGAUUUAGACCUGAAGUGUAAUAGGCUAAAAAGAUCAAAAUUGCAAACCUACCCCCCAUCCUCCCCCUUUAAAAAAGUCACGAAAGACAAAAGAUACAGUACUUACUUGUGAAUAUCAGGUGCUGUGCUAGCUCUGCUAGUUAUUUCCCUAUGAACAUUGUCAUCUUUCCUGAUUGUGACAUUGUGAUCUAGCUUCCCAUGGUUCUAUAUUUGCUAUUACUUUGGACUAAAAGAAUAGGUUCAUUUGAUUGUGUAAUCUAUUCUUCAAACCCUUAGUUCGAUGAGAGUUUGUUUGGAACAUGAUGUGCUCUGCUGAUUUCUUGGCUUAAUCUUAAAUGCUUAAUUGAUUAAGCAGGCUCAGAUUUUGUUAUAGAUCUAUAGAAGUGUUCCCAGUUAUGUGUCAGUCUUUAGUUCAAAGAUGGACCAACCAGUGAGGCCUGGUGCUUUAAAUGGCUUUAAAUUUUACCCAUGUUUUGAGUUUGUGCUUCUGUUUGUUUUCUUGGGAUCUCAAAAUAGUUUUUUAGACGAUUCCAAGUGUUCUGAUUAGCUUUCUACCUUUCUUCACCUUUUACCUCUUUCUUAAUGUCUGACUCAUUAUUUAUAUUAUGCUCCCCUUUAAUUUGGAUGACUUUUACCUUAUAUUAAAUGUUUUCAAUUGAUUAUAUGAGCAGUUCAUUUUAAAACUAUAACUUUCUUGAUCCAUAUUGUAAAGGAAAAGAGCACCUAAAGCUUCUUUGUUUUAUGGGCGCCAUUGCAAUUUGGGAGGAUUUGUGAGAUGCAGAUUGUGUUCUUGUUCACCAUAAUAGUUGAAUUUUCUGCCUCCAAGGUACUGUUCAGCUUUACAACCAUGGUAAUAUGGUAGACAUCUCUUGAUUGUUUUUCCUAUUAACAGCUAGAUAGGAGGCGGUGUAUGGUGGUGCGGUUUUAGAUUAAGUAUUUUUGGUGUAGGAGGUUCUUUUCCCUUCUACAUCAGCACUGACUGAUAUUCAGAAUGCACUAUCUUUCAUGACCUAUUAUUCUUUUCUUUUGUAAUUUGAAGAAGUCAGGAGUACAGUUUAGCUUCAAUGCUAAGCAUUUGUCACUGCUGACAGGAUUUGUAAGGACGAAGCAUGAACUUGUAUCCUUACAUUGAUUAAAAUUUGGAGACAUUUCAAUUUGUGGUGCUGUGAAUUGGGUUUUGAAUUCUGUGCUGACAGUCAGUUAGCACUACAGAUGUGCAACCUUACUUCACAACAAGGAAUGUGAUCAGUAUUCCAAAGAAAUGAUAAUGGUGUUGACGUUACAGAUGACUUAUUGUUUGUUUGUUUUUAAAUCUAUGGUUGUAUUUAUUUUGCUGCAAUUCAGCAUCAUCCAUUUCCCUGAUUGUAAAUUUCAUAUUUAUCAACUUCUAAGUUUUUUUUUUUUUUUUUUUUUUGAAAAUUUUUAGUUACUUCAGUAAUGUAAUAGUGCUGUGGUAUUUUGUAGACUUGCUUAUCCCCCCCCCUUUUUUUGCUUGGAUUUAUCCUUGAGUUCUGUGUAUUUUAUGUGAUUUGACCAUAAUUAAUUAUUGUGUUUUCAAUUGGUGCUUUCAUUGUAUGCUUUUACGUAGACUUUAAUGGUACGUAAUUUAUCAAAAUUAACAGUGAUUCACUGUCUGGUCUUUCAAUAGAUUCUUUGGUUCAAUUUUAUUUAUUUUGAUCAGUGGAGCAUUUUCGUUUGCAAAUGUUAUCAAAUCAAAGUACUGUACUGUUUCUAGAGUGGACAAACUCUGCUAUUAAAAAUUGGUAACUCUCUGUAGUACUUUAACUAGGAAUUGACUGUCAUGCUGCAAGGCAGGCCUGAACCUGACCUGGGUUUCUUUCCAUCUCCUUGCAUGUAUAUUUACAAAUUAGCACUCAGAACACAGCACCAUACCCCCAUAAAUUGUUAGUUUGUGAUUUCACUUCAUGGCAAUUGAAUUAUUAUUUUAGUAUCUUUGUUGUUGAUUGGAACAGCUUAUUUUCAUGCUUGAAUUCUAUUUUGUGAAUUUAGAGGGGAAGAAAGCUUUGGAUCCGCACUGCUAUGGGACUGAUGGAAUUGGUCAUUCGUGGCUAUUUUGGAAUGUAUGUUGGAAUGCACCAGCGGAUAAUCCGCACUAUUCCUGCACUGCUCUUAAGUCUGUGGUAUUUAUUUUUUAAGGCAUGUAUCAUGAAUGAUAGUUUCAAAUUUUGUACUGUCCUUUCUUUUAAUUUUUUUGAGUUUGUGGAGAACUUAAGACAGGGUCCUCAAAGUUCAUGAGGUAACAUGACCUUGUACAUUUAGAGUUAAUUUAUUUCAUAUAUGUUUAAUUAUUCUUUAUUUAUGUUAAUUUCUGUUUCAGUUGUAAAAGUUUAUAACAUGUGCUUUUACUGACAACUUUUCAUUUUUUCCCCUGAAUGAUGUAAAUUUUAUCCCAAUCAUCAAAGCUUUUUCUUUAUUAUUUGUUAUUUAGAAGAAGUGCGAUGCUGCUGUGUGAAUGUGUGUGGAGCUAUUCCAACCUACAGAUUAAAUUAUUAGGCUUUUGCA